CACGAUUUCUAUUGAAGUUCUAUUUUUUUUGUGUGAUCAUCGAUAUCCACCGUGAAAUAGCAAACCUAUGAAUCGUUUUAAUUUGCGAAAUGAGCGAUGUAACGUUAACUUGCCAAUUACCAUCUAGUUAAUUAAAACAAAUGUGCUAAUUUAUAGCAUUAGAUUCCAUUUACUAAUGCAUCUUUCUCAAGACUUCCAUUAGAGGUGCGUGGCCACCCAAAUUGACGUAAAGUAAAAAAAACGACAAUGGAUGUGACAAAACACGGUUAAAUAAAAUAAGAAAUUUAUGUACAGUUAAGUAAACCGCUCCAAUUAGCACCUUAAAGAGUCCGAGCUUCCUUUAAUCUGUGAUCUUUACACCUAGACAUGAAUUCGUGAGUUCACCAUGGCUAUUUGCAAAUUAGCUGCCAUUUUUUUGAUAUUUGUGUGCGGAAAUGUGGCUGAUGACAAGUUCAGGGUGCCAAAUUGGAAAUUCCACUUCUUACCAGGGACGGGCAUGGGGUUGUUUCUGGCGGUGGCUGUACCUCUCGACCUCCCCAACAAAAACGCCUACUUAGCCUAUAACUUCGAAGCGAAUUACCCUCUACCUGGAAACGAAACCUACUUCGAGUACCCGCCACUAAUCCAGAGACGCAUCGAUCGGAAACUCGUUUACACAGCUUUGGAAACCAAAAUGGAAUCGAAUGGGUAUCCGGGGCGCCCUUGUCUCCUGCGUACUAUUUGUGAGGCGGCCCGACACACUACUCAAUACGCCAAUGGAGUCCUGGGGGACCUUAUCCACAUUCUUUUCACGCCAUCGUCGUCCAACAAUACUGACUUGCCGUCAGAUUACGAAGAGGCGGAGAAACACGGAAGUAAGAAGAGUGAUUGCAGCCGGUACAACAAGAAUUGCACCGUUAGCUUCCUGGAUCUAAUUAGUUGGAUUGGAAAAUCGGUGUAAUAAACGAAGUCGUUUUCAUAAAAAUUUAUUAAGGCAACAGGACUUAAGACAUGGUACAUUGAGCAAUCUACUGCGCAUGCGUCGCUGAGUUGCCACGAUAAAUAAAAAUUUAAAAUUA